AUGACCUUCGCUACCCCCACUAACUUGGUUCCCGCUCAGGGUGCCGCCGCCCUCUCUGCCAACUCUGAGGUCCCCCAGGUCGCUUCCUUCAACGUCAAGGCCGGCCUCGCCCAGAUGCUCAAGGGAGGAGUGAUCAUGGAUGUCAUCAACGUUGAGCAGGCUUUGAUCGCUGAGGCUGCCGGUGCCUGUGCCGUCAUGGCUUUGGAGCGUGUCCCCGCCGAUAUCCGCAAGGACGGUGGUGUUGCUCGCAUGUCCGACCCCAGAAUGAUCCGCGAGAUUAUCAACGCCGUCUCCAUCCCCGUCAUGGCCAAGGUCCGCAUUGGUCACUUUGUCGAGGCCCAGAUCAUCGAGUCUUUGGGAGUCGACUACAUUGACGAGUCCGAGGUCCUGACCCCCGCCGACGAGGCGAACCACAUCAACAAGCACGACCACAAGGUCCCCUUCGUCUGCGGCUGCAAGAACCUCGGUGAGGCCCUCCGUCGCAUCAACGAGGGUGCCGCCAUGAUCCGCACCAAGGGUGAGGCCGGUACCGGUAACGUUGUCGAGGCCGUCCGUCACUGCCGCACCGUCAAGGCCGAGAUCCGCAAGGCUCAGUUGAUGGAUGACUCUGAGCUCUUCACCUACGCCAAGGAGAUCCAGGCUCCCUACCACUUGCUCAAGGAGACUGCCAAGUUGGGUCGUCUUCCCGUUGUCAACUUUGCUGCCGGUGGUGUUGCUACCCCUGCUGAUGCCGCCUUGAUGAUGCAGUUGGGAUGCGAUGGUGUCUUUGUUGGUUCCGGUGUCUUCAAGUCUGGUGACCCUGCCAAGCGUGCCCGUGCUAUUGUCCAGGCUGUUACUCACUUCAACGACCCCAAGGUUCUUGCUGAGGUUUCUGAGGAUCUUGGUGAGGCUAUGGUUGGAAUCAACAUCUCCGAGAUCCCCAAGGACCAGCUCUACGCCGCCCGCGGUUGUCUGGUUGGUGGUCUGGGUGUCAUGACUGCUGCCUAUGGAGCCCACGGCCUCGAGAAGCGCGUCAACAACGACGCCGGCAAGCUCAAGGCAUGGAACAGCGCUGCAAACAUCCAAUUGAUCCACUCCGUCGCCCUGUUGGCCAUCUCCCAGUCCCCAGCCCUCUUGGCCCGCUCCGGCAGAUUCGCCGCCCCCCUGAUCCUUCUCGGCACCACUCUCUUUUCGGGUUCGAUUUACACCUUGAUCCUCGACACCGACAAGACCAUCUCCCGCAACUUCCGUCUCGGUCUUGCCACUCCUCUUGGAGGAGUUGUCCUCAUUGCCGGAUGGUUCGCCCUUGUCCUCUAA